AUAUAAAGGAGAGAGCCCCGUACUCUGGGGGCCCAGUACCGUUCAAAGAUGCAGACUACCGGGAUGCUGCGAGGUACCAGGGCCAUCUACUUUCUCGUACUACUCGCGCCUCUCGUUGAUAAUGCUCAUUCGUAUCCCUAUCAAAUAUUGCCCAGCAUCCCCGGCUACAUUCCUGUAUACAUAAGAAAUGGAGAUCAACCGUUGGAGGAAAUAAAUCCUGGCUUGGCCGAAGCAUUCCACGAACACUCGGGCUUAUCCAAGAGCAUUCGAUUGGAUCACAACUUCAGUCAGCUCGAGUCUUCUAUCGAGGAAAGCAGAGCCAACUCAGUCGUGGAUAAAUCGAGAAAAAAAUAUUACCCUGCAUAUGCUAGGGAAUCCGGAAAUUCAAUAGCCGGUAAUGAGAGGCGCGAGGAAGAAGAUACGCACGCUGAAAAGAAUCCUGACUUUCAAGUACCAAAACUCGUUUCCCUUUACGAAUUGCACGAAAAAUUGAAGAAGGCGCAAAAAGAGGAUCAACUGAAGGAUGCUUCUUCCGAUUUCAGGGUGUCUCUGGACAAAGUAAGUUCGAUCUUAUCGACAGAAAAGAGGGAUAAUUCAGAGAGACUGUCGACAGCGAUUGAAAAAGAGGAAAGCAAACCGAAUGAUUUAUACGAUCCUAAUCCAAAUUAUCCUGAGCUACCUGCUGAGAUCGGACACAAUCGUGAUACUCCGCAGGACUUCGUGUCUGUGAUAGGAUUAGAAUCACUGACCGAGCAACCGAACGUCGUUCGCCAAUACAAGGAUCUCUCGCAUCUUACGGAGGAGAAAAACGCGGUCGACGAUAAAAACACGAAGGAGGAGAAGGAACCGGUUAAGGAGCAACGUCCUUCGGAUAUUUUGUCGAACGUGCAGAAACUUUUGCCAAUCGCUCCACCGGAAGCUUACGCUACGCCGGAAAAAUCCGACGAGAAGGUUGGUGAAAAGGAAAGCGGCAAAAAAACGGAAAAAACGGAAAAAACGGAAAAAACGGAAAAAACGGAAAAAACGGAUAGCAAAACAGAAACAUCAAGCACGCAAGAGCCGACUCCUCUCUUUUAUAAAGAUUUAUCUCAUCUUUCUAAUGAUCAGAAGGUGAUCGAAUCUUUCAAUGAGAAGGAUGAUGACAAAUCAGAAAAGAAAGAAGAAACUUUUUCAGAUGCCGCCGUUAAGGAUACAGUAGUUAAAGAAACAGCGAAAGAAGAGAAUCCUACGAACGUUUUCAAACUUUCUCCAAUUGCUUCGCCAGAAGAAUACGAAACGAAAGAGAAAACAACGAAGAACAAAGUUGAAGAGGAGAAGCCUAUCAAUACGUCGUUGGUUCAUCUACCGAUUCACCAACCAAUUGUCCCUCUUUAUAAAGAUCUCUCUCAUCUCCCGAACAACGAAGAGGAAGAAACGGCUACCGAAAAAGAAAAUGAAACGCCGAUAAAGGUGGAAUCUCCUUACAAUGUUUCAACAAACGUUUUCAAACUUUCACCGAUUGCACCACCAGAAGCAUAUUCGAAAAAGGACGAUCAAGAUACUGUCCCUAGUGAUGAUAAAAAAGCAGAGUCUUAGCGAACAUAACAAUGAUGUAUCAACGUAAUCUCGAACAAAAGAGAUGAUCAUUUUAUCGUCAACUUUAAUCUCAUUGAUUGAGAACUCCUUCGUCGAUCGAUCGAUCGAUCGAUCGAUCGAUCCAGGAUCCUCUCGUUUUUCCAUUUUUUUCUUGUUCAACAUGAGAGGAGAAUCCUUUAUAAUAUAGGCACGUAUAAUAUUUCGCUCAAUUAACGUUGUUCCAAAAAACUUUGUUCCAAUUUACAGAAGCUCUCGAAGAAAUAUUGUAAAUUUGUUGAAACAAUAAUCUUCGAUUUCUCUUCGUUGUCAGGGUAACGACGUUGGUUUGAGCGAAGGAUCUUUGAAAUAGGAUUUUGAAACUUCAUUUAUAAUAAAUCUUUGAAAGAUU